AUGAUACCAGGAGCCAGAAAUCUUCAAUCUCUGGGAACUAGCAAAGUCCCAGAGAAGGAGAUGGACCAGGGGAAGAAGCUAAAAGGCACAAAGCGAAAUGCAAAGAACACAAAGCAAAAGCCACAAGAACCCCAGUCAGAGGACUCGGAUGACCAGUCUGACCCGAGUGAGGAAUCUGACCGAGACAGCAGUUCGGAUGGAAGUGAUGGAGAGGAAGAGCAGUCAAGCAAAAAAUGUGAUGAUGAUGAGGACGAUCAGUCAGGCGAAGAAACUGAUGAAGAUCAGUCAAGCGAAGGAAGUGAAGAUGAUGAAGAGGAAGAUCAGUCAAGCGAAGGGAGCGAUUCUGAAGAGGACAAGCAGACAACUGAUGAAGAAGAAUCCGAUCCUAACAGAGAGCAAGACAGCGAGUCUGAUGACGAGGAUGAAGAUGGCGAGAGUAGCGAGGAGAGCAGCAGUGAGCCGGAACAGCAAGGCCCUGAGGAGCACCAACCACAGAGGAGUGGCCAGCGCUCGAGGCAGAAUCCCGAAGAGUCCAGCCGGAAGAAGGAUCUUGAUAAGCAAACACAGCAGCACAAACGCUCGUCAAGCAAGCACCAGAAGUCUAAAAGAAAGACUCCAUGUCCGGCAAAACCUGCGAAGAAGUUGGGAAAAAAACACAUUCCAAAACAAAAAGGAACACCGCCACAAUCAACUAAAGAAGCGAAGAAGUCACCAACUCCAAAGACUGUCACGAAAAGCAGAGAUGCUCGAGGGGAGACGGACAUAGACAAGCAAGCAGGAAAGCCUAAAGCUAUGCAGAAGACAACGAAAAGGCGGAAGUCUGAAGAAUUUGAAAAGGAAGAAUCUCCAUAUAUUGACGCGAAGAGGGCGAGUCAAAGAAAAAAGAGAAAACCAAAAAUAUCUGUUGAGGUGGAGGACCGAGCCAUUAGUAAGUGAUCAAAACUCAAAAAUGUACAUUGUAGACACAAAGUACACAAAGAUGAGU